GGAAACGGCGUCUUCUUUUUUUUUUGGUUCCUGGAGCUGAAGAUGUGGGCGAACAAUCACACGUACCUGACCAUGAGCAGCACACGUCGGCUCAGAGUGAGAGACACGAGCAGAGAGAGACUGUAGUGGUGAAGAAGAAGAAGAGGAGGAGGAGGUGGAGGAGGAGGAGAAGAAGAAGAUGUAUCUAUGGCGGUUCUCCAUUGCCAUAACCCUUGGCUUGGUGUGGUAUUUGUCGGACUGCGGUCGCUCAGUGACACAGUACUUCUUGUGUUUCCUCUUUUGUUUCUACACUCCGCUUUUCGUCGGGAAAAUUUGGCGAGAGAGCAGCACCCAAACUGACGAGGAGGCGAAGGAGCACCAGCUGCAGGAAACCGUGGAUGAACGCUUGUUUGCUUGCGUCUGUGUUGAUGGAGGGAGCCGGGAGCAUGCUGAACCCCUGGAGUCUCAAUAUCCACAUGUAAAGAGGUCUCUACAGAAAGUGUUUGAGUGUGCCUACGCUCAGCUGGUCCUGCCUUGGUACGCCGUUCCCGAGCCGUGCGAGCACCAGCCUCUGCACCAGGUGCUCAGCAGGGAAGUCGACUACAUAAUCGACCGGAUCAUUGAGAGAGCCAAAGACUUUGAUGUCUGCCAGGCGGUUGUGGGCUCCAUUCGGAUUCUGACCCAGCACUUACAUAAUGCAAAGCAGCCUGACAGAGAGCUCUUGUUCACUUCCAGAGCAGAGGAGAUGGCCGUCCUCCGAGAGUUUUCCGACGCUCUGGUACGUAACCUUUUUCCCGACUCCCUCUGGAACCAAGAAGUCAACCGCUGUGCCUUAAAUGAGAUCAUUGCCUUAAAGGGUUUGGGCCUGUUGGUGACAUGGCUGUCUGACCCCGACAACCUGAACCAGCUGGUGGUGAGCCAGCUUGACAGCGUGUCCCCUAAAGGCUCUGUGGAGGAGCUGAGUGGAUCAGACCUGGAUCAAACCUCUCUGGCUUCACAGGAGGGCCAAUGCGAGGGCAGCGAAGCGAGUUUGGAGGGAGCAGGGAUACAAACCUGCACCAGGAGCCAGGCCAAAAGGAAAGGGAACAAGCUAAAGGAAGGAUGGUCAAAAUUUGUGGACAAGAUGAAGUCCAAAAAGGCCAAGAAGAAGAAGAUGAAGAAGUUGGAGCACGAGCUGGUGUUGAGGGUCAUGGCGAUCCAGGGAGACGUGUCCAACGACGAGGACGUCAGCAGCAGGGAGGGCUCCAUUCACAGCCAGCAGGACUCUGACAGGGAGGACAGCGAUCUGGAGAACUACCUGACAAGCGUCCAAGAGGACAUGAUGGAAUUCAAGCUGUCGUAUGAGAUGUGGCGCGUCGGUCGCUGGGCUGUCAGCAUCCCUCAUGCCGACUGUGAGGAAGAGGAGCUGAUCUUCACCGUUCACCUCGAGGAGAAGGACAGCCCAGAGAACCUGCAGUGGGACAUCAGAAAAACCUACAUGGAUGUUAUAUACUUCCGCAACAGAUGGCAGGACUCGACCAGCUUGCCCACGAUCCUGGUGCUGGAGGAGUCGGAGAUCAACGAUGAGAAGGUCAAAGAAGAAGCCAGAGUGUCGGUGGAGAACUUCCUACAGGAAUUAGUUUCUGAUAAUCUCAUCGGCCACACCCAGCCGGUGUUUCAGUUCCUCUGCCCUCUUGACAAACUGCUAAAUGAAGAAGAACAUUAUGGAGGCGUGUGGGGACUUCUGAGCGGUCUGGCUUACUUCCUGACUCCAGGUCAAGAGGAAGAGGAGAGCUCCAGCCCUCAGACAGAAGCCCCGAAAGAAAUCAUAUCACGAUCUUUACAUCUAGAAUCCACGCCUCUGCCUUCAGAAAACCCUGGUGCCUCUACCGAGAUGGGCAUUGACGUUCCAGACGCUGCAAUCCCGUCUAUUGUGAUUUCCGAAUGCGAUCCUCCCUCAGAAACGCCUGAGGAGGCAGAAACCGAGAAGGAGCCGGCAAACGAAAACUGCUCCCAGGACAAACCGGAGGACUCUGAUAAUCCCUUAACCUCUCACUUCAAAAUGAUUUUCAAAGGACUGACCCGAUCCAGGUCGCAGGAGUCUCUCGCCUCGACAAAAACCAACGGAGAUGAAGACCAGCCCGAUUUGGAUUCCACGCCACACUGCAGCCAAAACGGAGACUUGCAUGGGGAUAGCAUAGAUGGCCCGUCAUGGCUUCAUUUCAGUACGAGGUCAAAUAAAAAGGAGAAAACAUGUUUCAAGAUGUCGGGUGGAGCGCACAGAGCUAAGGGGAAAGACCAGGGCACUCUGGCACGAAGGGAGGACGCCCAGGGUCAGAAGAGCCAAGUUAACUGGGAGCAGCUGGAGGGGACCAAAGCCAUAUUUGACCUGCUGAAGGAAAUAUCUGGAAACUCCAUCCUCAUAAACAUAUUUGAUGCCAUUUUGAAACCUGUCAUGCCCAUCCUGAAAAAAAAAGUGAACUCUUUCCUGAGCAAGAUGAACCCAACAGAAGUGCAGAUGGCCUCGUACAUCGACACCAUGCGUGACAAACAGUGGCCAGAGUUUCAGCCGGCAGCACCUCCCCCUCCUCGCACCGACGAGGAGAAGAACGAGACGAGGCAGAGAGCACACAGCUUAAUCAACGCCAGAUAUUCUAACUAUCUCGUCUUGAAGAAGACGGACAUGGACUCCGCUUUUAAUCUUUUCCAGAACAGUGAAGAAAACAAAACGCUGGUGUAUAUGCUCCUGUCAUUCCUGUUGAGGGAAUUCUUUCCCAGUGAGCAUUCCUUGCAUAUGAGCGCUGCUGCUCUUCAGAAAGUGACCAACGCCAACAACUGAUCUGUGAAGCCUUGAUUGUAUUUUUAACGGUACUUUUUAAAAAGAAACGCUUUGGAAUAUCAGAUUAUUUAUUAAAUUAAAUGAUCUUAAAUGCCUUAAAAAUAUUUAUGACAAUGUCUGCAUGGAUGUGGGACUUUUUUUUUUUUUUUACCUCGAACAUAUCAAACAUACUGUGAACACUUUGUGAAGUUCCUUUUGGUUUUUAUUUUGUAUAGCUGAUCUGCAUUUGUUGGUGAAAUUAGAAAACAGUCUUUGCAUAUUGUACUUUUUAUUUUAAAAACUCUGAGGAGAAAGUAAAUUAGAUUUCAUAUUUCCAGUUUGAAUUUCACCCUUUACAUUCUGAUGGAGAAGAAUUUAAAUUUUCUAAAAAUAUUCACUUUGAGCACUUGUGUGCGGUGUUUUGUAUACUGGUUAAUUUGGCCUUAACAUUUUUAUCAUAGAAUAUUUCACAGUGACGAAUCACCUUUAAUCUGUCAAAGCCAUCAGCAGGCCUGCAAAAAAUCAAAGCUUGAAGUAGUGUUAAUGUAAAUAAUUUGAGUUUAUUCCGAAUAAAAUAUUUUAAUACGUUU